AUGUCUGAUACGGUAUCCUCAAUUGAGACCUUGACCCUCGAUCUUCCGCCCAGCUGCAUUGAGUUUUGCCCUGCCCACCCAGACUAUUUCUUGGUGGGUACAUACGAUCUCGAGCAGGACGAGAAAAGAGCUUCUGGAGAUUCGUCCCGGCCACAGAAUAGAAAUGGAAGCGUGUUGAUCUUUCAGCUUCAGGACAAGAAAUUACUAUGUCUUCAGACGGAGCCACAGCCCUCUGCUGUCUUGGACCUGCAUUUCCAACAUAAAAAGGACAGGCAGGACGUUUUUGCCGUUGCCUCGAGCACAGCCACAUUGACCAUAUACCGUCUAUCGCCGUCUCGGUAUGCCGGAGGCCUCCUGGAGAGCCUGGGUACUGUUAGUAUCCCCGGAGUUGGGGAAGACGUUCUCUUCCUGGCAUGUGCUUGGCAUCCGGACAUCCCAGACUUGAUCGCCAUAUCAACAUCAUCUGGGGCGGUCUAUAUCCUGAACCUGCUGCAAACGGGUGACUCGGGCGGAGUAGAUGUGCAGCCCGUGAUAUUGCAUCAUCUGGAAGCAUGGACGGUGGCCUUUCAACCGGCUGUGUGCCACCAAACGUUAAACGGCACUGUUGUCUCAACUCUCUAUUCUGGCGGGGACGAUUCCAAGUUGCGUUACACGUCGUGUACUGUACACAGCCCGUCGGCACCAAAGGACGGUCUACCGCCAAAGACCUCUCUGGACGCUUGCAUACUAAGCGGCCACGGAGCUGGUGUUACUGCCAUCUUGCCCCUGCCCAUCGAUAUGUCCGACGGAGGUAAAGUAGUAUUAACGGGGAGCUACGAUGAUCAUAUACGAGUCUACUCGAUUCAGAGCCCUCUCGAUACAGGCGGCGCCCACCAGACAAGCUGCCUGGCCUCCAAACAUCUCGGCGGUGGCGUCUGGAGGUUGAAGCUGGUGCGCCAGCAACCUCCGGAUGAGGACAACUGUUGGCAGCUAAGGGUGUUGGCCUCCUGCAUGCAUGCUGGGGUGCGAAUCUUGGAUAUAAAUGGCGACACUAGCGGAAACUGCCAGAUAUAUGUUGUAACUCGCUUUGAAGAGCACAAGAGUAUGAACUACGGUAGCGAUGUACAACCUGGCCUGUCAUCACUUUGUGUCUCCACAAGCUUUUAUGACAGGUUGUUGUGUCUCUGGGAGAUGAUCGGGACGGAGUGA